GGGCUGUUAUCUCAGGAAUGAUAGCGGAACUAGUAGUUGUUGUUGUUGAAGCCCAGCUGCCCCGGGCUGCUGUACGCAUGUGUGGCAGCAGCGUGUGUGUCCGGGUUGGGGAGUUUGGAUCUGAGAUUUAGGAAGUGCGCUGGAAGCUUCCAGCCGGAGCAGCAGACGUCCUGGUUCGGCGGGAACAGAUGCAGUCCUGUCGGGAUGGAAGCUGGACCCUUCAGCCGUGAGGUUGUCCGUCACAUUCCUUUAAAGGAUCUGUGCUUUCUUUGGGCUUAACUUUACCACCGACUCCAGUAGGAAUGUCCUACUGGGCUGUCGGAGUUUCCCAAGAAACUGGAGAGCCUCCCAACAACAUGGAGCAAACUAACAGCACAGGGGGGGAAACAGAGGCCAAGGUGUCCCUUGUGGAGGCCCCCGGUCCCGACUCCGAAAUAACUCCCAGUCUUGAGAACAUCAAGGCAGCUUAUGAAGGUGGUGAUGAGGAAGCAGCCAGGGAGCUGAUUCAGCAGGCCUGUUGCGUGGACUGUUCAGGGGGGAUCCAUCCCGACGGGGUCCGUCUGCUGUCUCUGGCCACCCAGCACUCUGAUAUAGUGAGUGUGUGCUACCUCCUGAAAGAGGCCCGUAUCCCUGUUCCUCAGGAGCCGUCGCUCUGUAACCCGGCUGUCCUGGCGGCACAUUGCGGUUUUUCCAACCUGCUCAAGGAACUGCUGGAUUCCAUACCUAGUGUUUGCCUGAAAAGAGACCUGGUGAACUGCCUGCUCGCCACCGCCUGUCAGCAGGGUCACUUGGAAGUGGUCCGUCUGCUGGUCCACAGCUACGAGGCAGAUGUGAAGGACUUUGCCAUCCAUAGCAACGAGUUUGCUGUGCUCUGCGGGCUGCCGCUGUACGCGGCUGCUCAAGCAAGUAACGAGGAGAUUGCUCACUUCCUGAUAGAAAACGGAGCUGAAUUUUCAUCCUACACCCUGAUGGACUAUCCAGACUUCAGCAAACGUCUCCUGAGACAGAAACUUCAUGAAACCACUGGUGCCAAUGGAGUGGAGGGAGUCAGCGUGUAUUGGAGCGGCUUACAGCUGCCUUUCCUGGAGCUGGACUGGAUCAUGGAUGUCUGCUCACAGAUUACCCACCUGGACCUGUCCUCCAACAGCCUCAGUGCUCUGCCCUCCGUCGUCCCCUGGGGGCUCAUCCACCUGAAAACUCUGGAUCUUUCCAGCAACGCUCUGAAAGAGCUGCCGUUUGCUCAGAACUCGCAGGAUGUGAUCUGCUGCAGGUUACAGGUUGUGACACUCUCCCAUAACCAGCUAAAGAGUUUACCAACGGGACUUCUCCAUCUGACCCGCCUUCAGAAACUCAGUGCUGCUAAUAACCAGCUCACCACCCUGUUCGACAUCCCCUCCAAUGUGAACUGGAUCGGUCUCCGUAAGCUGGAGGUGCUGGAUGUGUCUGGAAAUAGUUUAACCAGUCUUCACACGUCAGUCAUGCACUGUUUAAAGUCCCUGCGCUGCCUUGAUGUCAGCAGAAACAGAUUGAGGGCUUUCCCCGACCCCUGGGCCUGUCCGCUGAGGAUCUGCAAAGCUUCUUCUAACAUCAUCGAGAACCUUCCAAACACCAUAUCCAUCUUCUGGAGGACUCAGCUGCAGGAGGUUGAUUUCUCUGACAACUGCCUGAAGGAGCUUCCCUCAUAUAUCUUUGAACUGGAGGCGAUCAUGUCCUUAAAGCUGUGUGGGAACCUCAUAGAAACACUGCCUGCUCCCAAUAAGUGGAAGUGCUCUAAGCUCAAGACUCUGGAUCUUUCCAGGAACGUGCUCGGCAGGACUGAAGAAGGUCCCAGAUCCAGGAGGCUUGCUUUCCUGACAACAUGGAACAGGAGGGAUCCAGAUCCAGUGAGUCCCAUCGAGUUUCCUGGUGUCCUGCGGGAUUCCCUGGAAGUGCUCACCUUGAACGAUAACCAGCUGGAGUGUGUUCCCCAGUCACUGUGUGGCCUGCGCAACCUCACUGAGCUCUACCUGUCCAAUAAUCCAGGAAUCCGGGAAUUACCAGCUGAACUCGGACAGCUAUCCAACCUCUGGCAGCUGGACAUCGACAACCUCAACAUCACCAAUAUUCCUCAAGCAGUAAGAAAAGAAGGCUCUGCUUCGGUCCUGGCGUUCCUCCGGGCCCAGCUUCGAAAAGCAGAGCCCUGCAGGCUGCUGAAGAUGCUUGUGGUCGGUCCACCCAGGCAGGGGAAGUCGGCGCUUGUAGAGGCUCUACUGACAGGCAAGGCGUCUCCCUUCACCCCCUCAGAAUGCAGCAUCUCUACUUUUGGCUUGGAGCUAGAAAAACCGAACUCAGGCAAAAAUAACAAGGAGUCGAUAAUGUUCAACUUGUGGGAUAUUGGUGGUCCAGCCAGCAUGACCACUGUGAACCAGUGUUUCUUUACUGAUAAGUCGCUUUAUGUGGUCAUCUGGAAUCUGGCUCUGGGAGAGGAGGCUGUGGCCAACCUGCAAACCUGGCUUCUCAACAUAGAGGCACGAGCACCCAACUCUGCCGUGGUGGUUGUAGGAACCCAUCUGGAUCUCAUAGAUACCAAGUUCCGCACAGAGAGGCUGGCAACCCUGAGAGCUUAUGUACUGGCGCUGUGUCGAUCCCCGUCCGGAGCAAGAGCAGCGGGUUACCCCGACAUCACCUUCAAACACCUGCAUGAAGUGUCGUGUAAAACCUUGGAGGGUUUGGAAGGUCUGAAGACGCUGAUCUACCAGGUGGCUCUCUCCAUGAAGGACAGCGGCAGCUCGGCCUGUGGUGCUAAGCUGCUGGGCAGACUGAUUCCGAGGAGCUAUUUCAUCCUGCAGGAGGCAGUGAUAGCAGAGAAGGAGAGGAGAGAUGCUGCAGAAGAAGUGCAGUACCUGACAGACGCUCAGUUACUCAGCAUCAUCGAACAAAACCCAGAGAGUGAUAUCAGAGAUUAUGAGGAUUUACAAACCGCCAUCAGUUUCCUAAUUGAAACUGGGACCCUGCUGCACUUCCCAGACACCAGCCAUGGCCUGUGUACUCUGUACUUCCUGUGUCCCGUGUGGCUGUCAGACUGCUUAGAGAGGAUUGUCCAUCUAAACUCCUGUCGCCCUUUACCCAAAAACGGAUUGAUCCAGACAGAGCAGCUCAGGAAGCUGCUGGAAGGAACAGGAUUCACCCGGGAAACAGAGGAGCAGUAUUUCCAGUUUUUGGCCAAGUUUGAGAUUGCGCUCCCUGUUGCCAACAACAGAUACCUUCUGCCUCACCUGCUUCCUCCAAAGCCGGCCAUGGACAUCCACAGCUUCCACCAUCACACCAACAACACCCUGCAGCGGCUUUUCAAGAUGAGCUUUGUUCCUGCGGGGUUUUGGGAGCGCUUCAUCGCCAGGAUGCUCAUAAGCCUCACAGAGAUGGACCUCCAGUCGUCUGAUCCACUCAAGAGAAGGAGCAAGAAUCGCAGGAGUUCACUGAUCUACAGCUUUGCUGGAAGCCAGCAGAGGAACCGAUGCAGCACCUUCAGGGUCCGACGCAGCCAGACCAUCUACUGGAAGGAGGGGCUCCUGGUCACAUUUGAUGGAGGUUACCUCAGUGUGGAGUCAUCAGAUGUUAACUGGAAGAAGAUAAAGAGCGGCGGCAUAAAGAUCAUCUGUCAGUCAGACGUGAGAGAUUUCUCCGCCAUGGCCUUCAUCACUGACCAUGUCAACUCUCUGAUCGAGCAGUGGUUUCCCGCUUUGACCGGCUCUCAGAAUGAUGGGAGUCUCCUCAUUGAGCAGUAUGUGCCCUGUUCCCUCUGUGCGCCUUGCGAACGGCAGCAGCAGGAUCCCGGAGAAGACGACAGAGGAAGAGAAGCCGAGGUUCAUUACUUUAACAUGGAGGACUGUGUGCUGGCUGCUGUGGAGAAGGACAGCAUCAUCUGUCCUCAGCAUCCUGAGCAGCCUGUCCCCUUACAAGAACUGGUGCCAGAACUCUUUAUGACCGACUUCCCUGCACGGCUGUUUCUGGAUAAGGCGGAGCUUCAGCUCUCUGAGGAGGAGAAGGAUGUCCUCGGUCAGGGCGGCAGUGGCACCAUCAUCUGCAGAGCCAUGUAUAAAGACCAACCUGUCGCUGUCAAACACUUUCACUUUAAGAGAUGUCGGCAGCUGACUGUCAGCAAGGACUCAGAGUUCAUGAACUGCAUUAGGCCGAUGGCAUCCAGGUGUGUGAGACAGAUGGAGGAGCCCAGUUUCCCCUGCCUGAGGUACCUGCUGUCAUGUGACAGCCAGUCUCAGCUCUUCCUGUCGCAGCUGCAGGGAUACAGCGCCGUGUUCUGGAAUGGAGACAAUGAGGAGAGAAACUACAGUGUGGUGAAUGUGGAGAAGGCCCAGGUGGAGGUCAAGAGGAUGUGUUGUCCUGGCAACAGGAUCAGCUGCCAGAUGAAGAUGCGUAACUCUCUGUGGAUGGCUACUGAGGAACAGGAGGUGUUCAUCUACAGCCUGAAGGACAUGUGUCCUCUAAGUCAGCCUCAGAAACGGCUGUCCUGUCCAGCUGUCGUCACAAGUUUGUUCCACGUUCCCGCCGGAGAACAGAACUUGGCCAAAGUGUUUGCAGGGAUGUCUGACGGUCUGGUCGCCGUCUACACCUUGGUGGACGACCUCCCUCUCGAUGGAGAAACGUACCUGUGUUCUCACACCUUAAACAAGACUGUAUUUGGUCUGAAGGACUCUGAUCCGAGGCAGAGACCCUACCCUGUCAGGAGCAUGGCUCUGGUCAGCAGCGGCUCGCAGUUGUGGUUCUCCAACGGCCCCGGCCUGCUGGUUAUCGACACGACGAGUCUUCAGGCGGUCCGAAGGCUAGAACCAUACAGGACACCGUCCUCCGUCAUCAGCAUGACGACCAGCUUCAGUCUGUGGGGAGAGGAAGCAGUGUGGACCCUGGACGACACCAGCAACACGCUGCUGCUCUACUACGCCGCCUCCUACGAACUGUGUGCAUCGUACUGCUGUGGGGACAGAAGUCCUUUGCGGGAUGUCUUCGACGUGCUGCGCCCUGCAGGGCUGGCUGUGGUGGCAGAGGAAGAUAUUAACACUACGGACCAAAACGGGAAGCUUGAAUGGUCUAACGGAGACGUGACGCUGAUUUUCAGUGAGGAGGCAGGAACUCAAAUAAUCCAGCACCAGGACUCUGUGACAGACUAUUGCUCCCUAUCAUCUACCAGCUCUCUGGAACCACCAGAGUCAAACACCCUGAGCACCACAGACUGCAGCUCAUUGAAAAGUAGAGGCUGUUUACCUCUGCCUCAAAACCCGGAGGACUCAGAAGAGCAUCAGGACGAACAGACAGAUACAGAUAAUCUGGACUCAGCAGAGGACAUAAACCCUGCAACACCUGAGCUGCAAGCCUUCAAUCUGCUGCCGGUGAACGGGACCCUGUGGAUCCCCAGGCAUGGAGGUGAUAUAAUAAUCAUUGAAAUGCAGCCAUAUGGAGGUCAGCUGCGGGGGCGGGUCACCGCUGUCCUCGCUCCUCCUGGACGCUCCUCUCUGGGGACUCUGCAGGAGGCAGCGCUGGUGGCGAAGGACACGGUGGUAUGCGGCUUCCAGCAGGAGGAAAACAUGGAGUGGUGCCUGGUUGUCUGGAGAGCCUGGAGCAGCAGCGAGAUCAGCGUCUUCUACCAGUCCUACGAGGAACUCUACCGCUCUGAGAGCAACAUAAGGAUAAGAAGGUAGCUGCUGUCCUGCAGCGGCUCAGGACCAGAACCUCCCUGACUGAGUUCAGAGAUCUGAGGCUGAGGGGCGUCAACCGAUGAAGCUCAGCUGUCAGGCUUCGCACUGCCGGAGGAGAUAUUUCAGUUCACUGUACAGAAAGAAGCGGAUUAUCAGCGUCCGAAUCAGACUUUUAAUCACAAUCACCAAAGUUUUUUCUCUUUGCUUCCAAACAUCCAAAUAAAUCGAUAUUUAACUUUCUUUAAAGGUUAUUUAUCUGCCUUUUUAAACCUUCCAAGGUCAACUGCAACUGUGUUGGAUAAAGCAUCACCUCAGGCACCAGCAGUGUUCAGUGGUUCAUAAAUAUCAGGUCCAGCCCAGAGAAAAGACGCUGCUCUUUACUGCUUCGCCUGUUUGGUGACGUCGUCCAUAAAACAGGACGUCAAACUCAUUUUUAUAUCAGACCACUGCAAAAUCAUCAAGUCUUUUACUGAAUCAGCUGCAGCUGUAGAAAUAAAACGUUUGGAUCUGUUGUCUAAUUUACAAAGUGUCCACUGUUCUGGUAUUAUGGAUCUAGUCCCAUUUAUUCAUCAGUUGUAGCCACUUUGCUCACUUUAUAUCAACACAUAUCUGCUUUGUGCCUUUUUCUGUUCGGGGGAAAAUAAACUGGAGGCUUUAAGUUCGACUCUGCACCCUUAACUCGCUGCCGCAUGAGAUCACAACACCUCUGGUUUAAAGCUUCCCUCUCUUACAAAACGAUGAACACUUUAAGCCUGGUUUAUGCUCAGAAACAAGGUCGUCUGCGUGUAUCGAAGUUAACGCAGAUAUGCCCCGCCCCUUCUGCAGACACUCUGCUGCAGCUCCCCAAAACUGUAGGUGACCGCAGACAG